UUCUGGAUGACUACGUGGCAGGAGUCGGGGACACGGUGGAUCUGUCCUGCACACCGCAUGACUUCCUGCUCCCCAUCGUGUGGCAGAAAGAUGGCAACACCGUGUCUCCUAGCAACCGUACGCGGGUGGGGCAAAAAAGUGCUUCACAUCAUCAACGUCUCCUAUGAAGACUCGGGGGUGUACUCCUGUAAACAUCCCCUCAGCAGCAUGCUGCCUAAGCAACUACACCGUCAGAGUCACCGAUUCGCUGUCCUCUGGUGAUGAUGAGGGACUACGAUGAAGAAGAGGGACGAUGCAGGUAAUGGAAAUGAAGCUCCAUACUGGACCCGUUCCGACCGGAUGGAGAAGAAAUUGUUGGCCGUUCCUGCCGCCAAUACGGUGAAGUUCCGCUGUCCCGCUGCUGGCAACCCCACGCCCACCAUCCAUUGGCUGAAAAAUGGCAAGGAAUUCAAAGGAGAGCAGAGAAUGGGCGGGAUUAAAUUGAGGCAUCAGCAGUGGAGUUUGGUCAUGGAGAGCGCCGUUCCAUCUGACCGAGGGAACUACACGUGUGUGGUGCAGAACAAAUACGGGACAAUCAAACACACUUACCAACUCGACGUGCUGGAACGCUCUCCUCACCGGCCAAUCCUACAGGCGGGACUCCCGGCCAAUCAGACAGUGGUGGUUGGCAGUGACGUGGAGUUUCACUGUAAGGUGUACAGUGAUGCUCAGCCACACAUCCAGUGGCUCAAACACAUCGAGGUGAACGGAAGCCAGUAUGGGCCCAAUGGCGCCCCCUACGUCAACAUCCUUAAGACUGCGGGCAUAAAUACUACGGAUAAAGAGCUGGAGAUUCUCUACCUGACCAAUGUGUCUUUUGAGGAUGCGGGGCAAUACACUUGUCUGGCAGGGAACUCGAUUGGCUAUAACCAUCACUCUGCUUGGCUUACAGUGUUACCAGCGGUGGAGAUGGAGAGAGAGGAUGACUACGCGGACAUUCUCAUCUACGUGACGGGCUGCGUGCUCUUCAUCCUCACCAUGGUCAUCAUUAUCCUCUGCCGUAUGCGGAUGAACACGCAGAAGACGCUCCCCACACCGCCCGUUCAAAAACUGUCCAAAUUCCCCCUCAAGAGACAGGUAACAGUGUCCUUGGAGUCGAACUCUUCCAUGAAUUCAAACACCCCAUUGGUCCGGAUCGCCCGCCUGUCAUCCAGCGAUGGGCCGAUGCUGCCCAAUGUUUCUGAGCUUGAACUGCCCUCUGACCCCAAGUGGGAAUUUCCACGUACAAACAGACUGACGCUGGGAAAACCGUUGGGAGAGGGCUGCUUUGGACAGGUUGUGAUGGCUGAAGCCAUUGGGAUUGACAAAGAGAAACCCAACAAACCUCUCACUGUUGCUGUCAAGAUGCUCAAAGAUGAUGGCACAGAUAAGGACCUGUCGGACCUUGUGUCUGAAAUGGAGAUGAUGAAGAUGAUUGGAAAACAUAAGAACAUCAUCAACUUGCUGGGAGCGUGCACACAAGAUGGUCCUCUGUAUGUACUGGUGGAAUAUGCCUCUAAAGGGAAUCUUAGGGAAUAUUUGCGGGCAAGAAGGCCUCCUGGGAUGGACUACUCAUUUGACACCUGUAAGAUCCCAAACGAAACUCUGACAUUUAAAGAACUGGUGUCCUGCGCCUAUCAGGUCGCCAGGGGUAUGGAGUACCUGGCCUCAAAGAAGUGUAUCCAUAGGGACCUCGCAGCCCGGAAUGUUCUGGUUACCGAGGACAACGUGAUGAAGAUUGCAGACUUCGGCCUGGCUAGAGACGUGCACAACAUUGACUACUACAAGAAGACCACCAACGGUCGUCUCCCCGUCAAAUGGAUGGCACCAGAAGCACUGUUCGACCGUGUCUACACGCACCAGAGUGAUGUGUGGUCUUAUGGGGUUUUAUUAUGGGAGAUUUUCACACUGGGCGGCUCACCCUACCCAGGUAUCCCAGUGGAGGAGCUCUUUAAACUGCUGAAGGAGGGACAUCGAAUGGACAAACCUGCCAACUGCACUCAUGAACUGUACAUGAUUAUGCGGGAGUGUUGGCACGCCGUACCUUCACAAAGACCCACGUUCAGACAACUGGUGGAGGAUCACGACAGGGUUCUUUCCAUGACCUCCACUGACGAGUAUCUGGACCUGUCGGUACCGUUCGAGCAGUACUCUCCUACCUGUCCGGACUCCAACAGCACCUGUUCUUCCGGCGACGACUCCGUGUUUGCUCACGACUCCUUACCUGACGAGCCCUGCCUCCCUAAACAUCACCACCACAGCAAUGGGGUCAUAAGAACAUAAGGAAUGGUGGUUGGUGGGGAUCUUUCGGUUUGCUGCACUGGACCAGCAUGUAGCGGGGUGCAGACGGGGUUCCUGGCACAGUGUGGAUCUCAUGAAUCGCUCAACGAGAAGCUUCAGACUUCCAACUGUUCACAGGUCUGAAGGACAGAUUACGCCCCUGUCCUUCAGCUCCUCCUUUUCUUCCAAAUCAUUACUCAGCUUUUUGUCUUCGAAAAGAGAAUUCCUAUUUUUGUAUUCGGCCAGUUUUGUUUUUCCUUUGCGCGACGCAGUCAGAAGGGUCAAACCAUUCCGUGCCUACCAAAAAACAAACAGACUGACAAAUUGCUGGACAGGAAACAAAAAGAACGGAUCAACACUGUGUAACAGCACAGUUCUGAAGCGGCAGACAGAGUACUCUCGUCCUGUCACGCGUGGACAGGAAGGGUUUUUUACUGCAAUAUCUGACUGGAGUGAGAAUCAAACCCAUGGCCAGUCUCUUUCUCUCCACUCCUCACAAAGAACGUUUUUCAUCCUUUUUUAAUAAGAAAAGAGAGAAAGGUCUCCUAGAUGUGAGAUUUAAUUAGAAGAUAUAUAACUGUGUGCUUUGUAUGUAUCUUAAAGUUUUUAUUGUAAAUAUAUAGAUAUAAAUAUGUAUCAUAUUGCAGUCAGUAGCAGUGUACUUAAAAAAACAAACAAAAAAAAAAACGAAAUAAUGACAUUUUAAAAGAGCAAGCGAGCAUACACUGUUGAGAUCAUGUAAACAUUUAAUCUAAAAAAAAAAGCAAAACAAAAGUUUUAUUUGAUUUAACAUGUAUAUUUGUAAAGCUAUUUAUAGACAUAAGGUUUUUAAGGGGGUCUACAAUUAUAGUCGGGUUUUGGUACUGUAAACAAAGGGUUUUUUCUUCUUUUACAUUUUGUAAGUUAUUUACCACAGAAGUGCGAGAUUUAUUUUUGCUUCUUUUUUUUUCUUUUUCUUCCAUUUCUUAGUUUACAUUGACAAGAAUGUAUGAGAAACUAAUUGGUGAUAUCAGCAGAGUAAGAGGAUGAAAUUAUGAAUUCUAAAGCAAGAAAUAAGUAUACCAGAAGUUGCUUUGCCCGUAUCUCAGUAUUGAAUUUCGCGAUAAAAGGACCA